AUGCUUCGUCCGCCAUCAACUGUACGUUCUAGUGGUCUGCGACCCCCUAUUCAUUCAUCACAACAACAAAAGCAUUCAAUUCAACGUAGUAGAAAUCAAGCAUCACAUCAAACGAAUUCAAUUGCUCGUUCAACGAAUAAGUCUACAAAUGAUAUUUCUGUACAAUCGAGACCUUCAAUUUUUCCACGUAAUCAGGCUCAUACACCAAUGCCAUCACUCGCUCGGCGAACAUCAAUUGGCGCUACUCGUCCAUCGAAUGUUCAAAAACAAUCCCAUGAUGAAAUCAGUAGUUAUGCAAUAAAACAAGCAUGCAAUCAACUAAAUUAUGAUUAUGAAUAUCUAAUAGAAGAAAAACGACGCAUUGGAUAUACAGGAGCAGGAAUUAUUAUUCCUAGCCGAACAGAAGUGGAUGAAUUUCUUCUAAAAAAUAUUGAUGUACCAUUAGGAAUAUGGAUUUAUAAAUAUGUUCGGCUCUAUCCUGGUGAACCAUUAGCUCAAAAUAUCAACGAGAGACAGUUUGUACCCGAACGGUUAGAUCAAUCUGAACCAGUAAAUAUUGUUCGGCCGACUCUCCGUACUCAACGCCAAACAACACGUAUUCUUGAUUUAUUUGGUGAUAAAAGUAAUACAAAUGAAUGUCAACCAAAAUCUAAUUUACCACAUCAUUCACAGAUAAAAUCUGGUCCACAAUUACCUAUAUUAAAACAUUCUGAAACUCAAAUAAUUAAAACCAUAUUAGAUGAUGACGAAUUUGAUCGUGAUAAAGCAAUUCAAACAAGAGAAUUGAAAUAUUCAGAUUUAAGACAACAAUUAAUGGAACAACUUCGAAAACUUCAAUCAAUCGAUGAUUCAGAUGUAUUUUCAAUAAAAAUCUCAUUAUAUGAUGCUGUUUUACAACGCACGGAAAAAAUUUUUAGUAUGAUAGAAAUUUAA